UGAAACUCUCUCGUGACAGUGGUGGUUGGUCAAUGGCGGUUGAUGUGAAAUCUGUGCUUGAGUUUCUCCGACGGAAUGGUUUAACGGAGGCGGAAUCUGCUCUGAGAGACGAUAUUAACGAGAAAAACAAACUCGCUUCUUUCGAUUUCGAGAAGUUUCUGUUCCCGAUUCCGCCGCCGAUCAGAAUCACGGCGAGUUCUCGUCCUUCUGAUUCCGGUGGUGAUGGGUCGAACUCGAAGUCUUCUUCCGACGACGAGUUUGUUAGCUUGGACUCUUCCACUUCUGGCUUCUGUUCUUCUUCCGAGUUUGUGAAUCCUUAUGGAGAUAAUUCAUCAUCUGAUGGACAGUCUCAAUUUGGGACAGCUCGGACAUAUCCAGAGUGGAGCGAGUUUUACUUACACAAUGAGACUGAAGAUGAAGAUGAGUUUAUGUCUCCUGCAUUUAGAGAAUCUGAUUUCUUUAUUUUACCUGAAAAUGCUCAGGAUAAGUUCAUCACAGAUAACCAAUUCGAGAACACGCUUGGUGUUUAUGAUAAAUCAUCAUCUCAAGGGUCUCAAACCGAAGCGAGUCUCGAUUACUUAGAUAAGCCUUUUCUUCUUGGCAAUGUGGAGGGUGAGGAUGAGGAUGACUCAAAAGAUUACAUUGGUCUUGAUGAUAAAACUGAUGAGCUUGAUCUCAAGACCGGUGAUCAAGUGAAUGUAACAGAUGAAGAGGUUGAUGUUGUUCAUGAGGUUGAAGAUGAAUAUGAAGUAUUUAAUCUUAGAAUCAUUCACUGGAAAAACAGGACGGGAUUCGAAGAGAACAAGGAUCUACCAAUUGUGAUAAACUCGGUGAUUGGAGGAAGAUACUACAUUACGGAAUACAUUGGUUCUGCUGCGUUUAGCAAGGUGGUUCAGGCACAGGAUCUACACAAUGGGGUCGAUGUUUGCCUCAAGAUUAUCAAGAACGACAAAGAUUUCUUUGAUCAGAGUUUAGACGAGAUAAAGCUAUUGAAACAUGUCAAUAAGCAUGAUCCUGCUGAUGAACAUCACAUCCUGCGCCUCUACGAUUACUUCUACCAUCAGGAACAUUUGUUUAUUGUCUGUGAACUUCUCCGAGCAAACUUGUAUGAAUUCCAGAAAUUCAAUCAAGAAUCAGGAGGAGAACCAUACUUUAACUUAAGCAGACUUCAGGUUAUAACCCAUCAGUGUUUGGAUGCACUCGUGUUCCUUCAUGGACUAGGAAUCAUACAUUGUGAUCUCAAACCUGAGAAUAUACUGAUUAAGAGUUACAAAAGAUGCACGGUAAAAAUAAUCGAUCUUGGAAGCAGUUGUUUCCGCUCUGACAACUUGUGCUUGUAUGUACAAUCUCGUUCUUAUAGAGCUCCUGAAGUGAUUCUCGGGCUUCCAUAUGAUGAAAAGAUUGAUUUGUGGUCUCUUGGGUGUAUUUUAGCAGAGCUCUGCUCUGGUGAGGUUCUGUUUCCAAAUGAAGCAGUAGCGAUGAUAUUGGCUCGGAUUGUUGCGGUUUUAGGUCCUAUAGAAACAGAGAUGCUAGAGAAAGGUCAAGAGACACAUAAAUACUUCACUAAAGAGUAUGAUCUCUACCACUUAAACGAGGAGAGUAAUGAGAUUGAAUACAUAAUCACAGAAGAAUCAUGUUUGGAAGAACAAUUACAUGUUAGUGAUGAAUUGUUCUUAGAUUUUGUAAGGAGUCUACUUGAGAUCAAUCCAUUGAGACGUCCAACAGCUCUCGAGGCACUUAACCACCCUUGGCUCUCUUCUUCUUCUUACAAUUGAUUUUGUUUGUUCUUGUGUUGGUUGUUUAGUUUUGUCUUAUUCAUUGUUUCUCCAGUUUUUUUGGAUCUUGUUUGUGAUUUUUUUUAAAGUCACUGUAAUUUGGUAAUUGUGAGAUUAUGUGUAUAGAACGGUUUACAUUGAUUUCACAUUGUAAGUAAAAAGCUUGUGUGGUGCGGCAUAAUACAUAGUUUCUCAGUUA